AUGGCUGACUUACACGAAAGAAAACAUGAAGAUACUGUUGAUAUGGAGGCACAGCAUGUUAAUGAAUUACGAGCACGUAAACUGAUCAAGCAAGCUAUUACAAAGUAUCACUCUCAGUUAUUGAACGGUUGCGGACGCUUAUUGUGCCCUAAUGAAAACUGUCAGUCAUCUGGAAAAUUACCUACGUUGACAAGUAAUGAGGCUGCAGCUCGAGCGAUCACUUGUUUACAUGAAAGAGCACCAUUCUGUGAAGAUUUAUCUGAAAUACUCGAUGAAGAAAUAGUAAGGAGUUUAAUCGAAGAAUGUCGCAAAAAAAAUAACUGGGUUUGGUUGGGAACAUACUUACAACGCGUGUUCGGCGAUUCUACGAUCAGAAAUAGUGCAGAUGUUAUAGACGGUUCCACGGAGCAGCAGCUGAUUUCACAGCGCAAGCGUAGAGCCGAAGAAGAUGGUUUGAAGUUACAGUUAGAUACUGUGACAAACGUCUCUGCUAAUAAAAAUGAACUAGAAGAAAAUCGCAAAUACAGUCGGGGAGAAUCAGCGCCUAACUCAUCAGUGCAUUUUUCCAAAUUUAAAGAGUGUGCGUCAGAUUCAAUUGAAUUGCAUUCCACGCAAGCCACACAAAAUAGUAAUGAUGAUAAUAGUGAAAGCAUGUUAGAUGAAGAGAAAGCACGUUGUGAAAAUUUAACUGCAAAAACGAGUGUGUCAUCAAUGCCAAGCAAUGUACAAUAUAUUGAAAAAUUAUUGCGAGGAGAAUCACCUACGGACAUAGUUUCGGCAAGACGUUGUUUUCGUUUGCUUUUUGUUGAAACCGAAGAACAUGAAAACUAUACUACCAUUGCAAUGGAUGGUAUAGCUCAGCUAUGUGGUAUCACUGAUUUCCAAUUAGAGCAUGAAAAAACAUGGAAGAGUGAUCCGGCUGGUGUUAUACACAUUAUCAAUUUAAUAUUUGAGUUGCCAUUUGUGCAUAGACUUGAAUUUAUUGAAUGUGGCCUUUUACCUCUUUGCAAAUUGUGUUCAAACUUACCGACACAAGCUCAAACAAUAUUGUCAUCAGUAUGGGCUAAUUUCGGCGCUACAUGGAUUCAGGACCGUGUCAGUGUUUUGCAGCAGGCAAUUACUCUCCGAAUAUUAAGUGUGGUUGAUGCUGUUGGAAGUUUGCCAGUUUUUGGUGAUCGAUUUGAAUUUGUACCUGCUGCAAUACAAACUAUGUCUAUAUUGUAUGAUGCUGUUUUGAUCAGUUCUAAACGAAAUAUGGUGAUUCCGUUAGGUAGCAGACAAAACUCCCGAGCAAAUCGACGGCGGAAAUUUUUACCACUUAUUCAUAUAUUUGGUUUCAACGGUUCUUUGUUUGAUUUUUUUUUACGUGAGAAAAGUUUUUCAGAUACUGGAAGGAGUGAAGAAGAAGAUGAAGAAGAGAGUACUCUUGCGAUAGAUUCACCGAUCGAUGGAUGGAUGGUGACAAAAACUUGUUUUCCUCUUACAGAAAUGAUAAACACAACAUUGAGCGAAAAUAUUUCCGUGCAAGAUGAUUUCGUAGCAUACAAGUCACCCGGAAGUCGAAAUGCGUUUUCUGUGAUGCCUGAAUAUUCAUUUAUUCUGACUACAGAAGUAAAGCAGAGUUUUUUGAACUUCAAUAAUCGGAUUCUUCAAAGAACCGAACGUAGACAAGCGUUAGCUGACGCAUUAACUUUGGGUGUUUCGAUGGAACCAUAUUUAAGAUUGAAUAUUCGUCGAGAUAAUAUUAUACGCGAUGCUUUGGACAAUCUUGCUGCCAUUGCAUUAGACGAUUCUGCCAAUUUCAAAAAACAGCUGCGAAUUCAUUUCGAUGGCGAGCAAGCUGUAGAUGAGGGUGGCGUGUCGAAAGAAUUUUAUCAACUAAUUACGAAUGAGCUGUUCUGUCCAGACUAUGGGAUGUUCAUAUCAAAUGAAAACACAGGUGUAUACUGGUUUAAUGCACAGUGCAACUUUUGUGAUGAUGAAUAUGGUUUGAUUGGAAUAUUAUUUGGAUUAGCUAUAUACAAUAACAUUCUCAUUGAUGUGCGCUUUCCUACAUUAGUUUAUGUGAAAUUAUUGGCAAGACCUGCAGUUUUUGAAGAAUUAGCUCAAAUCGAUCCGGUGAGUAUAUCAUUUAGAUUUCAGCUUAUUCGUAUUAAAGAUUUAUAUAACGGGUUACGACAACUACUUGAAUGUGAGGAUGAUGUGGAAAGUAUUUAUAACUAUACAUUUCAAAUAUCUUACAAGGAUGUGUAUGGUAACUGCCAUGACGAAGAGUUAGUACCAAAUGGUGCAGGCAUUUCAGUAACAAAUGCUAAUAAGGAGGAAUUUGUUGCUCAUUAUGCUGACUUUCUGUUGAAUCGUUCAGUGAAGAGGCAGUUUGAUAAAUUUAGUGCAGGAUUUAAUAAAGUGGCCAAUCAAGAAAUACUGAGAAAAUUAUUUGUUCCAUCGGAAGUUGAACAACUAGUAUGUGGUAUCCUGGAUCUGGAUUUUGAUGUACUUGCUCACUAUACAAAAUAUCAACAUGGCUUCAGUGAAUCCUCCCAAACAAUAAAAGAUUUUUGGACAGUUGCAAAAGCUAUGUGUACAGAAGAAAAGAAAAUGUUACUUCAAUUUGUUACUGGUUCAGAUAGAGUUCCGGUCGGUGGCUUAGAAAAACUAGAUUUUGUCAUUGCUCGAAAUGGGGACGAUAAAGAAAGAUUACCAACAGCCCAUACGUGUUAUAAUGUUUUGCUGUUACCCGAUUAUGCAAAUCUUGAAAUAACUAAGGAACGUAUCACUAAAGCGAUUAGUUAUAGUCGUGGAUUCGGCUUGCAAUAA